AUGGACGCAAACACUAAACAGGGGUGUAAAAAUUCUAAAAACAGUGGAUCUAUUAAAACUGGUUUUGUAUGUCCAUCAAGUAUAAAAGUACAUGUAAAUAAUUUAAAAGUGAAUGUACAAUAUUGUAGCACACAUAUCUGGCAUGAUAUGGAAAUAGGUAAACAAAGAUUGUUUACAGAAGAUAGAAGAAAAUUGGCAAUGGGUGUUCCUGUCAACAGAGUAUUACAAGACAUAAGAGCAUCAACACUUCAAGGAGACUUAAAACGAAUCCAUUUGUUAGAAAAAAAAGAUGUGCAUAACAUUAAAAGGGAUUAUAACAUCACAUAUUCAACAAAAAAGCAUGAAAAUGAUGCAGUUAGUGUUAGACUUUGGGUUGAAGAAAUGAAGAAAAAAGGCAAUUCAAAUCCAGUUUUGUACUAUAAACCUCAAGGGAGUAUAGAUAGUACUGUUCCUCAUUUUACAGUUAAUGAUUUUUGUUUAAUUAUAAUGACUCCAUUACAAUCAGAAUUGUUUAUACAAUUUGGCAAUGAUAAGGUGUGUAUUGAUGGUACGCAUGGGCUGAACGGAUAUCAUUUUCAAUUGUAUACAAUUGUUAUAGUAGAUGAGUAUGGAAACGGGUACCCAGUUGCCUUUUGCUUUUCUAAUAGAUCUGAUACUGAUACUUAUAAGCAUUAUUUUCAAUGCAUUAAAAAUACUAUUGGCACCAUUAAUUCUUUUAUUUUCAUGUCUGAUGAUGAGCCUGCCUUUUAUAACGCUUGGUGUUCUGUAAUGGGAUUUACAGAUAAACAACUUUUAUGUACGUGGCACGUACUAAGAAAUUGGUCACUUAUGUUUGAAGUAGAUGAAAGUUCAUUUUUUGUUGAAAUUGAUCAAGUUCUAAAUGAUCUUUUAAAAGAUCCAGACACAGUAGACUUUGGAAAAUAUUUUGAAAAAUGUUAUUCAACACGAGUAGAAAAAUGGGCAAUGUUUAAUAGAAAACAUGUUGGGAUAAACACCAAUAUGUAUUUGGAAUCAUUGCACAAAAACAUUAAAUACUGUUACCUUGAAGGGAAGCAUUGUAAACGUUUGGACAUGGCAAUUAAUGCUUUAAUGUCACUUGUUCGUGAUAAAAGUUUUGAAAGAGUAAUUAAGAUUUCAAAAGAGAAGAGAACAUCAAAAAUAAUACAAAUUAAUGCAGCUCAUAGUAAAAGUAAACAAAUAUCUCAAGAUAUGAUUACUAAAGUUAAUGACUACUGGUUGGUGAUUUCUGAAAAUGAUAUAAAUGUUCAAUAUAAAGUUGAAAAAUUUCAAUCUUUUGAUGGCUGUGCUUUGCAGUGUAAAGAAUAUUUAAAUGAAGAUGAUCAAGACUUAAUCAUAAAGCAAUGUGAUAAAAUAAUUUCAACACUAUCCACGGGCUCAAGAUUUAAAAAACCAAUCGAUGAAACAUCAAAAAGAAAAAUUGAACCACAGACACGCUUUUGGGCAAAACAAAAAGUGCAAAACCAUCAACCUGCUCUAUCAUCUACUGAAGCUAAACAUAUAAGACAAUCUUUAAAAAACAUUUCAAAAUACACUUUAAAUGUCAAUUCAACUCCAGCGUUUGAUCAUUCUUAUAUAAAAUAUUAA